CGGUAUUCCACUCGCUCCCUCCACACUCAUCACUCAUCACUACCUAGCAAUAUCAUCGACUCACCACCAGCUAUAGCUUAACGCGUCGUCCCAUGGCUCUUAACAAGCAGGAGGCAGUGGUCGCCCUCGCCGUCGUGGUUGCGGCGGCAGCGCUGCUGGCGUCUGAGGCGCCGUGCGCGUCGGCAGCGAUCACCUGCGGGCAGGUGGGCUCGGCGCUGAGCCCCUGCAUCCCGUACGCGACGGGGAGGGGCACGCUCACCUCGGGCUGCUGCAGCGGUGUGCGCAGCCUCAACAGCGCGGCGCGCACGACAGCGGACCGGCAGGCGGCGUGCCGGUGCCUCAAGAGCUUGGCCGGCAGCAUCAGCAGGCUCAACAUGGGCACCGUCUCCGGCAUCCCCGGCAAGUGCGGCGUCUCCGUGCCAUUCCCCCUCAGCAUGUCCACCGACUGCAGCAAGAUCAACUAGAUCAAUCCAGUCAUACGUAACGUACUACGUGAUGGAGCUAGCUGGCUAGAAAAAUAAAAAUAAAGUUGUGGAAGCAGCGUCGUCGUCUACAUUAUGUGUCUUGUGCUCUGUGUACGUACGUGCGCAUGCAUAUACAUGGCUAGCUAUACGUAUAUGUGCUACAGUUCUAGCUAGCUUUCUCUGUUGUAUGUGUGUGCUGUAGUGUCAACUGUUAUAUAUUACUAUAUUGUUUUUUAAAAGAUAUA